GUCUCUCGUCGUCUAGACUCUAGACGCUAAAUUAAAAAUGGCGACGCCUAGUGAAGUACCGGCAGACAUCAGUAAAACCGACAUUAAGUUAACCACUGAUAAUAAUACAUCAAAAAUGGAAACAAUGGAAGUUGCUGAUACUGGAGUUGCAUCUGGUACAACAAACAAAGAUGAAUCAUCAACAAAAGAUGAAACAACAAAUAAUAAAGUAUCAGUUGAUGAAAUGACAUCACGUGAUUAUUAUUUUGAUUCAUAUGCACAUUAUGCAAUUCACGAAGAAAUGCUUAAAGAUGAGGUUCGUACAAUAACCUAUCGUAAUUCAAUGUAUCACAAUAAACAUAUAUUCAAGGGUAAAGUUGUACUUGAUAUUGGUUGUGGUACUGGUAUAUUGUCAAUGUUUGCUGCAAAAGCUGGUGCAUCACAUGUUAUUGGUGUUGAAUGCUCAAAUAUUGUUGAAUAUGCUGAAAAAAUUGUUGAAGCUAAUAAUUUAUCAGAUGUAAUAUCAAUUGUUAAGGGUAAAGUUGAAGAAAUUGUAUUACCAAAAGGUGUUGAAAAAGUUGAUAUUAUAAUAUCAGAAUGGAUGGGUUAUUGUUUAUUUUAUGAAUCAAUGUUGGAUACUGUAUUGUAUGCACGUGAUAAAUGGCUUAAAGAAGAUGGUAUGUUGUUUCCUGAUAAAGCAACAUUAUUUAUUUGUGGUAUUGAAGAUCGUCAAUAUAAAGAUGAAAAAAUUAAUUGGUGGGAUGAUGUUUAUGGUUUUAAUAUGUCAAGUAUACGUAAAGUUGCAAUAAGUGAACCACUUGUUGAUGUUGUUGAUCCAAAACAAGUUGUUACAAAUGCAUGUCUUAUUAAAGAAGUUGAUCUUUAUACUGUUAAAAAAUCAGAUUUGGAAUUUUCAUCACCAUUUAGUUUACAAGUACGAAGAAAUGAUUAUGUACAAGCAUUAGUUACAUUUUUUAAUAUUGAAUUUACAAAAUGCCAUAAACGUAUUGGUUUUAGUACAGCACCAGAAGCACAAUAUACACAUUGGAAACAAACUGUAUUUUAUUUUGAUGAAUAUAUGACUGUUAAAAAAGGUGAAGAAGUAUUUGGUACAUUUUCAAUGAAACCAAAUGCACGUAAUUAUCGUGAUUUAGAUUUCAGUAUUGAUUUGGAUUUUAAAGGUGAAUUAUGUGAAGUACAUGAAACCAAUACUUAUCGUAUGCGUUAAAUUAGAAGAAAAAAAAAAACAAAA